AGUUCUGUUUUCGGUACACAUUCGCGGACCCGUGGCGUCGGAUUUUGAGGCAAGUGAGAUACCUGGUGGUGUUUUCUGAUUCCGAAGCUCUCGGCCUCCUAUUGAAGUUUAGAUCUCGCUGCCGUUUGAGGCAGUUUCUUGAAACAUGAGAUCGAUAUUGGUGCCUACGUUUUGGUACUGUGUUCUUGAUUGGUGGUCCUCAUCGACAGGAAAAUCUCAUUAGCAUCUCUUCGUGUGGUGAAGUUCUCGACUUUGCUUUCGUUUGAGUCCAUGAAGCACUCGGGGGAGAACGCAGAAACUGUGAAAUUUUAAGUACCAAAGGGUCAAGUGGAAGGCUGAAGACUGGUUGUGUUGCAGAGUAUCGAUGCCGAAUGAUGAGGGUGGUGGAGCAGAGCAGAAAAGACAUGAGGGUGUUUCUGAACCAAAUAUAUAUUCAACCUUGAAUUUUAGUGGCAAUGAGAGAAGAGGAGCAGGUACAGUUCCGCAGGAGGGUCCUGUGGACGGAUCCGUGCCUCCUUUGGCACUGAGCAUCACGAUCUUCCAACCAGAUGACAUCUCAAAACCCAACAUUAGUGCCUCGAAGAGUGCAGCAGCUUCUGAGGCAGGUGACAAGAUUCCUGGGAUGGCUGCCUCAAAGAAGGGUUUCCUAUCUAGGAGUGGGAGCUAUCAGGAGCAGUGCAGGGUUUGUCAGCAGGAAACAGAAGAACCACUGAUCGAUCUAGGGUGCAGAUGCCGAGGUGAGCUUGCUAAAGCUCACCGCUCCUGUAUUGAUACUUGGUUCCAUACAAAAGGUUCAAAUAAAUGUGAAAUAUGCCAGCAGAUAGCUGCAAAUGUACCAUUUCCAGAAUCAGGACCGAGUGUAAAUAACUGGGUCUGGAGGAUCAACACAGCUUACAUCAUGGGACAAGAACGUGAAAGGGGAUGCUUUAGCCCAUUUUGGGUUGCAUUUGCCAUUUUAGUUGGCGGACUCUUGUUGGAUGUGCUAGUCUCGGUUUCUCUUGGUGUUUCUGCACUGCCUGUGAACAUCAUAAUUGGUGUUCUUAUCGUACUCGGAUUAGGCACUUCCUUUCGGCUCGCACUAGAAUGCUGUCAAGAGUGGGGUGCGAGGAGAAACCUCCAACUGACACAAGUGACCCUAAAUCCUGGAUACCAUCCAACAGUGUAAGACCGUAAAUAAUGUAUGACUACAGUACACUUGUUUCCAUUUUUUUUUUACCUGUAACAUGCAGAAAAUUUGUCGCCAUAUAUUAUAGGCUGAAUACCAGGCAUAAUUUGUGUACAGUCAAACAUUUUUCUUUGAGUAAAUACAUCCGAUCUGUAAGAAAACACCUUAAUAAUCAGCUUGUAUUUUAUAUGCUAUAACUUGAAUGAAUAAAUUUGUCUGUUUGAUUC